AUGUGGUCAAACCCCGAGUCCUUGCCUCACUGGCGAAGCUCACGGCCCAGGAAGAGAAAUUUCGGAGGCCAAAAUCUCAACUUGACCUCUCACCAGAAAGUGUCUAUUUUUAUAAAAGACCGAGACCUACUACGUCAGUACUAUGAGAGGGUUUUCCAGAAUCUGCAACAAACCAACUGCCGUGUUCUUGCAAAAGCCUACGUCAAACUAGUUGAGCCACGCAAGCAGGUCAACUACCCCUAUAAUGGACGGAAGAUCAUUGCAGGGAGAACCCAACAGCUCAGUCCAGAGGCAACAAAGCCUCCAUGGUGGCCAUCUGGGGUGAGCCACCGGGAGCCAGAUCAUCUUCCCAAAGUUGAGCGCAUUCGACUUUUAGUGCACAUUCUGUGUGAGCUGCAUGGAAGCCACGGAGUUACAACGACUAGACUGAAAGAAUGUGACCAGCCUAUUCGACGUCAGAUUCUUCCGGUCGAUCGUCUAGAAAUCCUAGACGAGGCAUACCAAGUUCGCGAGGCGGAAGAGAAUUUCGAGAAUGGAGUCACAAAUGGAGAAGAACCCGUGUGGAUUUCUCGUGCCAACCUCCCUGACAAUACAGGAGACACUUCCAGCGAACAAAGCUCACCGACCGAGCCAGACCAUACUCAAACCACAACCAAGUCAGAGUGCAGUGACGAAGCACUAGCCAUCGAUACCUCACAACUUCUCAUCCCAUUCGAUGAUCCCCGAACGAACGCUUCCCCAUACCCUCCCAACCUAUAUAACCCGCCAAUGCACAUAAGCCCCCACACGCAAUAUAUGCCAGUUGAGCAGGUUGCCCGUGGGUCGACAUCGCCACUUGAGUUGAAAAGAAAACGCGAAGAGUCCGCUGGGACAAACUUGGUUGAUCGGACACGUCAAAUGGGCCCUACACCAUAUCAGUAUCCUGGAAACGUCAGUACCCAACCGUUUCCCAUGGGUAUUUACGAAGAUCCUCUUGCCAUGUCUGCUGUAGGUGCUUCGAUCACACCGUCUGUGCCAAUAUCACAGCCUAUCCCAAUAACUCAGUCGGCGGCGGGACCGUCUACGGAGCAGAUGAUGCUAUAUGGUUAUCCAUAUUAUUUUGAUCAAUGA